GCGGCGGGGAGGGGGCGCUUCCCCCGGCUGUGCGCGGCCUUGCCCCUGGCCUUGCCCGGAGCCUGGCUCUGCCCUGGGCAGGGCCCGCUCGGCCUCGCGGGAGUGGCCGCCCCGGGCGGGUCAGGACAGCUCCCGCAGCCCUGCCCGGCGCCUUGUCGCUGACCAGCGCUCCCUGGGGCCAGCGCAGGGGCAGCGCGGGGGCGGGGGCCCACCCCUGCUGCGAGGGGACCCUGGGGACCAGGGCCUCGUCCCGCGCCCAGCCGGGCGCCCUCGUUCUCCCCGGGCGGGCGGCGCCUCGGCGGAGGACAGUGCUCGGCGGAGGAGGACAGUGCUCGGCGGAGGACAAUGCUCGUGCUCGGCCGCGCCUGGCGGGCCCGGGCCGGGUGGCGUGUCCGGGCGAACCCAGGCCGGUCACCUGCAGAGCCCCUCCCUGCCGCACUCUCUGGCCCCGGGACCAAGUGUCCCGUGGGGAAAAGGGCCAGAGCGAUGGUGCCCCACCUGGCGCGCGGGUGGACGGGGCAGUUCCUCCGGCAGUGGGCUGGAGUGCCCAGAGCUCUCCUGAUGGGCAGCCCUGGGCGGGCCGAGCGCCCCCGGGCCCUGGUGCGCAGAGCCAGCUCCUCGCCGCCGCCUGCCCCCGAGGUGGCCCUGACCCAGGACCGCUACCCGGUCCAGCGGCUGCCCUUCUCCACCCUGACUGCCGAUGACCUGGCCACCUUCAACCACAUUGUCCCGGGCCGUGUGGUCACGGACCCCGGGCAGCUGGAGGCUUCGAAUGUGGACUGGCUGAGAUCGGUCCGAGGCUGCAGCCGGGUACUGCUGAAGCCCCGUUCCACAGAGGAGGUCUCCCGCAUCCUCAGGCACUGCCACGGGAGGAACCUGGCUGUGAACCCACAGGGGGGCAACACGGGCAUGGUUGGCGGCAGCGUCCCCGUGUUCGACGAGAUCAUCCUGUCCACCGCCCUCAUGAACCAGGUCAUCAGCUUCCACGAUGUGUCCGGGAUCCUGGUGUGCCAGGCGGGGUGCGUCCUGGAGGAGCUGAGCAGCUACGUGGAGGAGCGUGGCUUCAUCAUGCCCCUGGACCUGGGAGCCAAGGGCAGCUGCCACAUUGGUGGCAACGUGGCGACCAACGCUGGGGGCCUGCGGUUCCUGCGAUACGGCUCUCUGCGGGGGACAGUGCUCGGCCUGGAAGUGGUGCUGGCUGAUGGCACGGUCCUGAACUGCCUGAGCUCUCUGCGCAAGGACAACACAGGCUACGACCUGAAGCAGCUCUUCAUCGGCUCGGAGGGCACCCUUGGGGUGGUCACUGCCGUUUCUGUCAGCUGCCCGCCCAAGCCCAGGGCUGUGAACGUGGCCUUCCUCGGGUGCCCAGGCUUUGCGGAGGUUCUGCAGACUUUCAGCACCUGUAAGGCCAUGCUGGGCGAGAUCCUGUCAGCCUUCGAGUUCAUGGAUGCGGAGUGCAUGCAGCUGGUCGUCCGCCACCUGCACCUCGCCUGCCCGCUGCGAGAAAGCCCGUUCUACAUCCUUGUGGAGACCUCAGGCUCCAGCACAGGCCACGACACGGAGAAGCUGACCAGCUUCUUGGAGCACGCGCUGGGCUCGGGCCUGCUGACGGACGGCACUGUGGCCAGCGAGGAGAGAAAGAUCCGGGUGGGUGUCACCGCCAUGGUGCUGGGAAGUCAAGAAGCCUCCCAGGUUGCCCGGCCCACUCAGGGCUCUGUGGGUGGGCUGCGUCUGACCCUGCCUGCCAUCCCACAGACGCUCUGGGCCCUGCGGGAACGCAUCACAGAGGCGCUGAGCCGAGACGGCUACGUGUACAAGUACGACCUCUCCCUGCCCGUGGAGCGGCUCUACGACCUGGUCCUGGACCUGCGUGCCCGCCUUGGCUCCUGUGCCCGCCACGUUGUGGGCUACGGCCAUCUGGGGGACGGCAACCUGCACCUCAACGUGACGGCCGAGGCCUUCAGCACAGCGCUGCUGGGAGCUCUGGAGCCCUACGUGUACGAGUGGACAGCUGGCCAGCGGGGCAGCGUCAGCGCUGAGCACGGGCUGGGCUUCAAGAAGAAGGAUGUGCUGGGCUACAGCAAGCCGCCGGCUGCGGUGCAGCUGAUGCAGCAGCUCAAGGCCCUCCUGGACCCCAAGGGCAUCCUGAACCCCUACAAGACGCUGCCCGCCCGGGCCUGAUGUUGCCGAUCUCCGCCUCUUCCCUGGAGGCAGCGGGGGGGCGGGGGUGGGCACUGGGCUCCUUCGAAGCCUGGAGCUAAACCCCUGUGCCCUCCGGCCUGCUCAGACAUGGCCAGGCCAUCGUUGCCCCCAGCAGAGAACAGCCUUCGGGCCGUGGGGGUCUCCUUUCCCAGACACCACGCGUGGCCCAGGAGAACGGUCUUGGGUUUGUGUUCUGACCCUGUUCCGGGUGCUGUGGCGAGGCCCUGGGUGGGGCCCCCUUCCUGCCCACCUGUGGGUCCGGGUCUGCCUGGCGUCCGCCCUAUGACAACGGCUAGUAAAGAUGGAAAUCACUCGCA